AAGCAGUUGAGCUUAUGGUAAUGUUGCUUUUGUGUUGUUUUUUGGUUGUGUAAAGGUUGUUAUUUUUUAACCAUGCUCUAAUUCCUUUUUAAUACCAUAUAUAAACAGAUGUCUUCAGAUGGAAUUGGUGGUGAUCCUUGUAAACAGAUUUCAGUUUCUGAAAAUGUUGAGGUUACGGAUCGUCGUCUUGUUUGUUUUGAGAUGGGUGCAACAGGUCUCAAUGUUGAUUCUAACAUUGAACUUGAAGAUGACCCAAUUCCCGUUGAAGAAACUCCUCUUGUUGACAAGAGGAAAUCUAAGAAACCCAUAGCGCUGACGUCUCCGUUUAUGGAGUAUGACUCUUCCAUUUCUAGUUCUAAAGAUGGUUCUGGUUAUGGAGUUGUUAAGUAUGUGGCUGGGUUGUGUCCUCUCGAUGAUAAGAUUGGUGAAGAUGUAGAACAUAAAAACGAGAUUGAUUUUGACUUGUGGCUUGGUGAAGGACGCCGAUCGAAGAAAGAUCCGCAUGAUAAGGAGAAGGUUUACUUGAAGGGUAAGGAUAAGAUUGUUCCCCCUUUUCGUUUUGGCGUGGAAGAUGUUGCAACCAAGAUGUGGUUCCACAAGCUUGCAUAUCCUGGCCAAUGUUUGACUAAUUCUCAUCUGGACAUCAUUUUUUACUAUCUACGUAAAAAAGGAAAGUAUGCAAAGGAGCCAAAGGUUAAGUUCACAACCACCGAUUGCUUAUUCUUCAAAACCAUUCAUGCUUUGUAUGAAAAAUUUAUUGCACAGAAAAAAAAUCUUUCUUUGAUAACUGCCCAGCAUGCCAUUGCUGAUUAUAUAAGAGGUAGAAAAAUGUUAUGUGGUUCCCCUUGGCAUUUGUGCGAUCAUGUUUUCUUUAUCAUCCAUAUGGAGACUGAAUCACAUUGGAUUCUUGGUCGAUUGAAUAUUGAGGAAAGGCGUGUGUACAUGUACAACUCCUUGUCGACUGCUAUGAAAGAUAGUGCUGCUAUCAAAGCUUGUCAGCCAUUUGCGGUGUUGUUGCCCCACUUUUUUGCUUUGUUUGAUGAGUUCAAAAAGGAAAACAAACCGGUUUGUUUAGACCCUUUCGAAGUUGUUAAGGUUGAUGGUUUGCCUCAACAAACCUCGAAUGACUGUGGUUGUUUCGUUGCAUCGUUCGCCGAAUACUUUAUUGAUAUGAAACCGAUUCCUCCCAUAUUUGAUGUUGAGAAACACCGUGAUAGGCUUGCUGUGUUGUUCUAUAAGUAUGCUCGCAUGAAAGAAGUGGAAUUUAUUGAUAGUGAAGAUGAGGCUCCUCCGAAGGGUCCAAAGAAGAAUUUGUCUUAGUUAUCUAUUGGUUGUUGUUGGAAAUACUACUUUUUUUUAUGUAGCUUUUGUUUUUCUAUUACCAGAUUAUGUUCAUAAUCAUAGACAAGUUGUUUCUGUCAUGUUUUUUUCUUAAUUGGAAUUGGUUUUUAAUUUGUUCAUAUUUUUGGAUUUUUAAUCUUUAUAUUUACUCUUAAUCAUGACAGCAUACUAUUAACAACCUUAUUACAACCAUCUGACAAACAACUAAAUUGCAUUUGUAAUCACUUUAUGUAGUUUAUUUUUCCUUCUUAUUAAUUUCAACCUUCUUCCACUCAUUUAAUUAUUUAACUAUAAUAUUUGAUGUUCUUUUGUAUAUUAAUGAUAAUAAUACCAAUUCCCUAUUAUCAAUAUCUCUCCACAUAAAAAAUCACAAUAAAAAAAUGUAUGUAACAACCAAUCGUAAUAUGCAGUAUGUGUUUUCUAAAUGUUUUAAUAUAGUUGUUUUUUGGUUGAUGUGUAGUUGUUUCCACUUCUAUGCUGUAAUUCUUCUGCAGGUCUUUUUGUUAUGUCCCUUUUGUCCACACUUGCCACACUUGUUUUGUUUCUUUGUUUC